CUUCCGUUGAUUUGUAGUCUUGAGUCUUCGCUGGUUUAGUUUCCGCGAGAUUUUAAUUCAGCGUGUGUGUUAAUUAUUUCACUGGUAUCAAAGUUGGAAAUUAUCAAACCGGCCAGUUUGCUGUAAACGUGGAAAUUCAGAGUGGAAUACAGCGGAAGAAGUAAAUAACCUCCUAGCCCUGAAUCAAAUGGUUUCUUGGUUUUCAAGGAACACGGAGGCUGAAAGACUAUGAAUUUUCCAAAUCUGAGAUAAUGUGACAGACAUAUCUCUUCGGUUUUGUUUUUUUCCCCGCAAAGUAUGGCUUCAGCCCAACCAUACUGGGACCAGUAUAAUGAUGUGAACAGUAUGUACUUUUCUUUUGGAGCUGACUACACAGUGAAAAGACAUCAGCAAGACUUAACCUCUGUGGGCUUUGAAAGGAAAAUGUUUGGCUCAAGUUUCCCCCAAAGCUCUAGCCACCACUGUCAGCCUUUAAAGCCUGUUGAUCCUGCACAGCUCCUCCUUUCCUCCCUGCACAGAUCACCCGAAGGAGACCAGGUCGUUCCGUCCUUCCAGAAACUCUCUGUCUAUGAACAAGCGCCCCCGUAUUCUCCCAGGAGAAGCUCUAAACCUCUUCCUCCUCUCCCGGACAUGGGGGAUUUGUCUCCUGAUGAAGCUGCAGACAGCGAAGUGGAGUUCUUCUCUAGCACCAGCGAGAGUCAGCUACUGAUACCAGAAUGUGCCUCUAAACCAUCAGCCUUUCAAUACAGAGCGCAGAACAGGCGGAGUUUCCGCGGUUGCUGGCAGAUCAACUAUGCGUACUGUGAUGCUGUGCAGGAGAAUAUGAUUGGACAGAAGUGUGAGAAUGAACAAGUGGUACUGAGAGACAGGGACAGCCUUAAACAAGAAAAGCCCCAACGCAGGCUGCGCCGCUCCAACUCAGGACCCGCGGCAUCUUUUAAACCUACUAACCUCCGAAAUAUCCACACACAGGAGAAGCCAGAAGUUCCACCUCGUGCUCCCAUUCCGUCAUGUCCUCAAAAGAGUGCCGACUGUCAAGGUGUUGAAGAGCCUCCUGAAAUCCCACCCAGGCGGCCAAUAUACUACAUGGCCCCACGCACUCCUAGUCCUAAAAGCCUUCCCAUUUACGUCAAUGGAGUGAUGCCUCCUACACAAAGCUUCGCCCCAAAUCCCAAGUACGUGAGUAAAACCCAGGGGAAGGCAAAGUAUGAAGGAUUGCCUGCUUCUCAUACACCAUGUAUUCUGCCCAUCAUGGAAGAUGGAAAGAAGGCCAGUGCUACACAUUACUUUCUUCUUCCAGAGCGGCCAGGAUACUUGGACAGAUUUGAAAGAUUUUUCAAGGAGUCUGAUUCCGAAUCUGUGCAAAGUGGAUGUUAAUUAUAAGCAGGGUUUUUAGGCUAACUACAAACAUACUUACUUACAGUAUUCAGGUGCUUAAAGAGUUUUCUCUUCGCUGCGUGGUGCCACCUCAACUUGAACCCAGAGUACUGAAAAGAGGCCAGGUCAUAAAUGCUGGACAUCGUGAAACCGUGUUUUUUUCUUUUUUUUUCUUUUUCUUUUUAAAUGUAGGAUCAUUCAUUGUUAUUAUCAUUUACAUGUUUUAUUUCUCCUGCUUCGAGUAUUCCUUUUUAAAAACAUCUUAACAUAUGGUUUACAUGUAACACUGGUUAGUAUAAGCUGGUCUUAUACUGUAUGUUGGGGAACUGCAUGUGUGUGCAGAUUCCAGCACAUUCUGGUGAUUUUUUUUUUUUUUUCCCCUUCAGUCAAAAUUUAUCAGUUAAAAACUAGCUUCAGUAGUUGUGAAUAGCAGAAAAAUCCAAACUGCAUUGACCACCCUGAUCAUAUCCGUCAUAUGUCAUUAUCCAUGAGCUGAAAGCAUUUUAAGUGCCAUUUUUAUUCAUUUGCACUGCAUGUGCACAUCCCCAGUUGUUUGUGUUGCUGAUUGAUCAUCUAGUAUUUGCACUCAUACUGCUAGCUAAUGUUUCUAUUCCACAAUAUGUUAAGUGGGGACCUUAUUUUUUUACAUUUAAAAAUGUUUUAGGGAACAUCAAACCAGUUUAUUAAUGAAAUGUAUCAACGUAUUACUAAACAGAAUGCCUCGAAAAUAUCGAGCUAAUUUUUCGAUUGAUUUCCUUUUUAACCAAAAGCACAUUUAUAAUAGUUGCUUGCUAUUACAUUUAGAAGUCCUAAUUAUGUUAAAAGAAACAAUUAACAAUAUCUGAAUCAUUACUUUUCUUUGUUUUUGCAGCUAAGCAAUGAUGGUUGAACUGUUAAAGUGUGUCGGCUUCAACCUGCCUGUUUGAGCCAAAUGAGAAUAGGUCAAUGUUGUGUAUUCCUCUGACACAUCCUGUACUUUAACACGUUCAUGUCAUGUAUUUUUCUACCCGUCUGCUGUUGCUGUUUUUCUUGGCUCAUUCUCCUAUGAUUAAGUCAGUCAUGUGCCAACACAUCUGUUUACAUGAAUUUUUUUAAUCUGUCCUUGUUUUUACCUGUUUUUACGAUGUUCCUCAUAACAAAAGGUGAAAAUGUUUUUAUUCUUGGCUUAUUUAUUCACAUAUGAAGGCUCGUGAUCAUUAACUGUUAUUGCACUGCAUUGCACUUGUCUUUACAUGCAGUAUUUGUAGUUUUUCACAUAACACCUAUGAUCUAUUUAAAGAAAUAAAGUGACUUAUUUAUCAGUAAAUGAGA